AUGCGUAUUAUGUCCUCACAAAACGACAAUGCGCCCGAUCUCAACGCCAUCCUUAGAACACUCUCCGCAUUCUCCAAUCAAACAAAUCCCCAUUCCAAUCAACCUCCCUCCAACAACCAUGAUGCCAAUGACCAUGAGGGUGAAUAUGAGCCUCCAGAUCAUCAUUCCCAUUCUGUAACACCAUCCGAAAUACACCCCCAACCCCUAAAACACGGCCCCCCAUCAUCCUCAUCUCACCGUGAUUCACCCCAACAACCUCAGCUUAAAGAUAAAUAUACAUCAUCAACAAUAACUACAUGGCCCACCGCGCUGAAGCAAGUAAUGUGCACCGUUGGCCAAAAUGAAGAAAUCCAACGACGCAUCCGCUUCCUCAUUCAACGCCAACACGAUCAUGAGAAGCAAUGGUGGAAGGGCAGAGAAGCUCUACUUCAAAAGCAGAUGAGUCGGAAGGAGAAGAAGAGAGAGCUAGACCAGGUCUUACGCUCUGUCGGUGCGCCUGUUGACGAGAAGGAGGUUUCGACAGCUGAAGAAGACCUCACCGAAGUCAGCAGAUACGACGCUAAAGUUCACAAAGCAUCGAUGCAAAUGGCUGACGCUAUGCUAUCUGAACUUAAGGCACUGGAUGUCCCGUUCUUCUCCGUCAGCCGCAGCCUUGUUGUCGCGGAUGAGACGGCGAAGAACGAGCAGGAACCCGGCCAUCUUUCUGGGACUGGCGGUAGCCUUGAUGCACCGGGAACUCAGGGCCGCUUAUCUGUAGAUGAAUUGUCGGCUUUCCGGCGACGGAUGCUGGAGUUAUUGCAAGAUCUCUGCAAAGAAUAG